GUAGAUCCGCAUGUAACCUCCUACCACAACAUCCGCGCUGCUCCGAGCAUAUUCUCGCCAAUUGUGGGAAAUCUGGAGGCAUAUGAUGUGAUCGAAGUUUCGCAGACUAUCCAACUUUGUGCCCAGGACGGAGCUACUGAGUUCUGGGCACAAAUCCUGCGAAAGACAGCAGGGCCUGCACCGUGGAUUCUGAUCUCAGACGGCGACUGCGAAUUCUUGGUGAAGCUUCUUCGGCCAGGGGAUGCGCUGCAGAAGCCCGAGGAGUGGGUUCCUCCAUUGCCAGAUGAGACUCCUCAUGGUGAAGCUGCGCAGUCCGUCAACUUCUACUUGGCCGCGGCGCUAGGCGACGGCAAGUCCGACCUGCCCGAGAUGAUCACAGCUUUGGCAGAUCACGAGCUCCGGCUUGGGCGUGAAGCAGCAGCAUUGAAGGUGCUUGAGGAAGAAGCCAACACGCUGAGGGCCGAGGCCAUCGCCUACGAGCGCGAGCUCGAGCGCCGCCGCGGAUUUUGCGCAGCAAUGCAGCAGCGAUAUCAGCGGUUGAAGCAACGCGAGGCUUGGAACGUGGCCAAUGCGCAGAUUGAGCUGCAGCUGGCUCAGGUGGAAGACAUGCUCGACGACGCCACGGACAACGCAGAUGCCAUUUGCGCCUCACAGCUGGCGCUGCAGCGCGCCCGGGAGCGCGAAGAGGCGGAGAGAGAAAGCCAGGCGCAGCGCCAGCGCAGGAAGAAGGCGAUCAGUCGAUUGGGGGCCCAGUUGGCCGCCAGCGUCGGGGAAGACGUGGUUGCCUCCAUUGCUGGCGACAGCAAGCUUCUGGAGGCUAUGGCUGGGCUGGAGAACCUUGUGGGCCUCCGCUACCUGAAAGGCGGCACAGCCCUGACAAGCCUUGAGGAUUUGGGCGUGGCCUGGCCGCCACGUCCACAAGACCUUCCCGAGCCUGAGGCAGAGCAGCCUUCCACUGCCAGGUCUUGA